AUGGCAAAUACAGCAAUGAUAUCGAUAUUACUUCUUUUGUCGUUAGCAAACGGCCACAAUAUAGGACAAAACUACGAUGAAGUACAAGUUCACUACUCCAAGUUUCCCCUCACCCCCAACACUCCCCCUCCAGAGCAGCGUUACGUUGCUUUUGACAACCCCCCACACGAACAACGAAUCAUCUCCCCCAACAUUGGCCAUUAUGUGUCGAAUAAUCAGUUUAUGGAGCAAGGAGCCAUUCCUAUUCCUAAAAAUAUGCCCUACAUCAAACAAAGCGAGAAAGUUCCUUACAAAGGGAUGUGGGUUCGCUUUGAUCCACCCUUCCUGGACUUUGGAAACACUCACUUGGGCUUGGAAGUCAAAAAAGAAGUCCGCAUCAUCAACAUGCACGACGACGAAGUUGUGGACAUCAGCUCGAUAGACUCACCCAACAAAUACUUUUCAAUAGUUCCCCCUAAGCAGCGAAAACUUCAACCCCAUGAAGCAGUGACUUUUGAGGUCAUUUUCCUCCCGAGAAAGAUCGGAAACGUCGAGCAAACACUUUUUAUCAACACUGGAACUUCAAAAUUAACCCUACCCUACCCUCUUUUUGGCGUAGCAACUUCAAAUCCGUACCGUUUGCCAACUUUUUUGAACACGAAAAUUCCCCUUGGAGAGCGACAAAGCUAUAAACUCUCGCUCUACAACCCAGAAGAAUGUCCCCUUCAAGUCACGGAGCUUUAUUCGAGCUCACCACGAGUACAAAUUCUUCUCAACAAGUCCGGUGCUAGGGUCAAGAAAAAAGAACUGACGGUCUUCCCCAAUGAAGAAAAGCACAUUGCGACGGCAGUAUUUAUUGAAAAAAAUUAUACCGGGCUACAGUCAGCUUUCGUCCGUUUUACAGUAAAUCGGACGAUGCCUUGUGAAAAGAAGCCGCCGUUAAAACUGAUUUUUCCGUUCGAUGUAGAAGUUUCAAAUGUUCCAGCGGUUUAUCCGAAAGAAUGGAUGCUGGACUUUGGGAUUGUUCAUGAAUCGAUGAAAUCCGUUAAGAAACCGAUUAUUAUUCGGAACGUAGGCAUCAACGAUUCCGUUACUUUUGACUGGAUUCGACAACUUCCUGUAGUUCAAAAAUCUAUAAAGCUCAAUAUGAAAAACUCGAUGAAAAUCCCCGACGCUGGCCAAGAAGCUCUCUUGGGCAACGCUACGUUUUUGUACGACGAGGCCUUUGCUACAGGAAAAUCGUUUUUCAGUGGCCUUCUCAGGCUUCACUGGCGCCCGAAUAUGAUUUAUAGGGACUUAGAAAUUCCUUGGCAAGCUCGGAUCUUACGAGGCGAGCUGGAACUUGAGCAAAGUCAGUUGAAAUUCCUGCUUUCUGAAAUUCGCGAGACGCAAGAAAAAGUUCGCAAGAUUACCAUCAAAAACACAAUGGAUGAGCCCAUCUUCAUCAGCAAAAUCGAUGUCGACUACGACAGGGACGAUCCCGAUCGCGAGAAUGCCUUCAAGAUCCGGUAUUUACAGGACUCGCGGAUUCUCAAGUCUGGUGAAGAAAGUGAGUUCUUUGAGAUUGAGCUCGCUCACUGUAAAUGGAAUGAAACGAUCAAACAAAUUGAUUGUCCAGAGGAUAGAACGAUCGAGACCCAAAUAAAUAUUCACACCAAUGCCAGUGUAUUUAAUUACGAUCUAUUAUUUUACUACGGUCUGGUGAACUAUCAAGUCUCGAUUCCCGAUCCUUCCAUCAACAGCAACUCUUCAAAGAUCGAGUUUGGCUUGACCGCAACUGGAGACCAAAAGUGCCAGGUCAUAAUGCUUUCAAACAAGAAUCCGAUUGAUAUCGCACUCGAACGCUAUCAAAUUGAAAACUUGCCAAACUACGGCAUCACGCAUAACAUGUGGCCGAUGACGAGUCUCGAAUUCGGCAGACGCGAUGUCUCUCAUCGGAAAAUGCCGUCCGAGUUUCCCCUCACUUUGAAAAAGAAGUCGACUUCUAUUUUCGAGUUCUGUUUAGGAGUUGCUGAGCAGCGGCGUAUAGAAGGAACGCUGGCAAUUGUGUCGCAUUUCCAAGUGAUCAGAAUACCUUUUGAGGGAAAGUGGUACGAUGGAAGCAUGAAAAUCAUGGACAGUCCAGUCAAACUUCCACAGAGUUUUCCCGGGAAGAAAGUUUCGGCAGAAAUUUCCAUGUUUUCUACUUUCCAGCGAGAUCUUCAUCCCAGUAGCGUGAUUCCCAAUGAAAUCGGCAUCGUUCGUUUUAUUCCAAAUAACAAAGUUGUCCAUGCAAUGACAAAGACCACCGUCGGCAAAUUAGAGUUCGACGGCCGACAGUACUGCAAAGGAGAAUACUUCGCAAAGUGCGAGUGUAUGGGUAGUCUGCGGCCAGAUAAUAAAUGCGGCAAAGCGUGGCUUUCUUCUUUGGAUAGACCCCAUCAAUCGGCAAAGAACGAUGCAGAGCUCUAUGAUCGCUUCAGAGCCCACUUCAAAAAACAAGAAUCAGAAACGAGAACAUCUCUGACUAUAAUGACUCAAGAAAAUGUGCUUUACGACUUUGACUUCAAACCAGAUUUCACCUGGCCUCGAUUAGCGCAAGUAGUAACGAAGGAGACAUUCCUACAGCAUCCGAUAGUUUUUGCUCAAACUGCAGUAACGAUUCCACACAGAUUACAAGCUCAACGCGUCAUCAAAAUAAAAAAUCCAUCCGAUGAUUACAUAAUGUUCCAACCAGUGCUCCUCGGUGACAUUCAGCAAAAUUACCGUAUUGAGAAAGCUCUCAAAGAUGAUUAUCCUUACCUCCAUCCAAAGAAUGAUUUCAACUAUUCACCUGAUUUUGCAAUAGUUAGGAAGAAUGUUUCGACCAAAAAUGGCGAGUAUCAGCUCCCUCGUCCAGUCAUUCCUCCGCAGUCGGAAGAGACGAUUGUGCUGACUUUUAUUCCCAAUAGAGUUGGAAUGCACGAAGCAGUCUUACUGCUGCGUAAUAAUCUGACUGUACUCGAACCUAUUCGACUGAUGGGAAAGGGAGUCAAAGAGGAGAUAAAGCUAAAAGAUGGAAAUAGCUACUUCACGAUGCUCUUCAGAGACGAUGAUCUAAAGGACUGCUACUUUACAAAGCCGGGCGAGUUACCGUUUAAAAAGGGCUCAAAGACGACAUUGAUCUUGGAAAAUUUUUCCGUUAUCCCUUCGAAUAUCGUUCAAGUUCGCAUUAAUGGUGAAUACUGCGCGUCAGAUGGUUGGGAAGUUCAGGAUUGCUCGAAAGUGACGGGAAAACUUUCUGAUGGACACAUGCCCGUCGGAGAUAAAGAGCCUGCGUAUAAGGAAAUAAAGCUAAAAUACCGACCUGAUUUCUCGAUGCUAGAAACGCAAGCGAUAAUGGACAUAACGACGGAGUUUGGCGGCAAGUUUGUGUUUAUGCUUCAGUCCAGAGUGCCAAAAGAUCACAUUCAAGCCUGUCGUGCCAGCAUUCCCCGCCCACCUUGGGAAGCUAGUUGUCGAAAAAUCAUCGUCGCUAUGAUGUGGCUUCUCUUGUUUGGAAUCAUUAUCAUGGGAUACAUCGAAGCUAACUGUGUGACACACGACUACUUCGAAAAGUUCGGAAAAGUGGCCACUAUUCCAGCAAGUGUGAUUGACCCCCUUAUGCGCAAAAUGUAUAGUCACCUCAAACGCAAGCGACCUGAGGCAAAGGUGGCACCUAUCCAAAAUCACAACUAUCCCUCUAUCAAUAAAUUGCUCGAUACAAGCCAAUUCAAACCUGUAUCGAACGAUGAAAUCCAGAGGAUGUUAAAAGAAGGUGAAGCGCUUGCUGCGAAAGAAGCAAAGAGGGAGGAAGAACUACUCGAGAAGAAAAAACCGAAAAAGGAAAAUGAUCCGCCAUCAUCAAGGCCUGCUCGUUAUUCCAGCGUCGAAGAAAUCCCCGCCGAAACUCAUGAAGAAGAGGAGCCAGAAGAAAGCCUUCCGGAGUGGGCCGACGAGAGCACGACAAUUUCAGAUCAAUCCAAAUACGAGUCCGACUUCAAAGACCUGUCGAAGAGAGCCCAACAGUUGGAGAAGGAAAUGGCGCCGAAAACGCCGAAAAAGACUCAAGUGCGCAAACGUGUUAAGACCCCGCGGGACAAGCGUAAAAAGACGAGCCGAUCCAGCUCCCUGUCUUCGUCUGCAUCGAGUGUCCAGCCGACCCCAAGGGCAAAGGCCAAACCAACAAAAGCUGCGCCUGUUGAGGACAUCCCCAUAUCUGAUUCGACUGAUUCUUCUUCUGGCCACGAAGGAGCGCUUCUUCCACCGACGAAAGCUUUUCUCACUCGAGAUCACAUCCGCAGCGUCAAACUCGAGAGUACAGUAUCCUUACCGCAGCUCAAGCGCAGUGAAACACCACCAAAACCUGACAGCGAUGAUGAAAAAGAAUCAUUUGAUCCCUUUGGUUUGAAUACGAUUGGACAAAAUGUUGAGCGGGAAAUUCAACGUCAAGAAAACAUCAGCGCAACUCGUCCAAGAGUCUUCGAUCCAGCGCCCGGACGAAAUCCACGACCUGGUACAUCAUUUUACCAGCAGCCCUUCAAUUCCUACGAUCCUUAUCAACCGAGAUAUGGAGAACUUCGAUAUCGCCCGGAAAACUACCGACCAGACGAUUACCAUGAACGACCAUGGCCAACGGAAAACAGAGCUCCGUUCCGAACAGACAUCUUUGGACAGAGCCAGAGCUUCAGAGAAUCUCAACCAGCUCAAAAUACUGGCUUCCUUCAGUCAAACAGUCCACCCGUUUCUGCUUUUGAAAGUCUAACGAACCGAUCUUCUACGCUUCCGCCUCCUGGAUUCGGCAGCAAAACAACUUCUAGUCCUGCCGACAUCCGAUCUGUUUUUGGAAACGAGCAGUCGUCUCUUUUUACAGGAGAAAUGACUUCUGAGGAACGAAAGAAGCAGGACGAACGCAUCCGAGAAGCCGGCGAACGCUACUCUACCAAGAUCCGCGGAAUCUGGGACAACUAG